UUGCUGUUGGAGAAGGUAGUGGACCCUGCCGUUUUCGUCAGCCCGUUUGCAUGGUGCCCAACACCCCCAGCCAAAAAAACUGUUUUCAUCUUGUUAGAAGAACACGAUGCAGACGACUCCUCGGCCAUUUUCACAUCCAGUCCAAUGAAAUCUACUGAAUCUUCGAACCUCAACUUCUUCUGGAUGUGUUGCGAAGUGGAGGAGCAGGAGGAAGAUGAGGAAUUGGUGGUUUUAGGAGAUGAAGAGAUUGAAUCAAUGUCUUCCCUUUCAGAACGGUUUAUUUUCCUCUUCUUCGAAGACGUGAUACUGCUGUCGUUAUUUACAUCUGAAGCUGCUGGACUAGCCUCUUGGGUUGGCGGUGGGGGAUUAGGGGAAGGUAAACCUGUUGGAAACAUGAAAAAAUGAAUACAAAUUCUAAUAGCUAUAGCCAGUGUCCUAAUCAUAAACCUCCAGGUGUGCCGUGGUUGAACGAGUCGUGUUUCCAAGCUUUAUCUUGCUAUAUUCCAAACGAUUCGUCCGGUCUUUCACAAGUAACUAGUUAAGAAACAGACAAUACAUUGCAAACUACAGCCCCACUUGGACCAGCUCAAUGACUUGGACCCUCUCUCUUUUCUUGUUAUUUCUGCUGGCAGAAGAAAGAUGGUUGAUUACUGCUUCCUAUUGUCUUGGCCUCUCUCGAAUACCCACGUUGUGGAUCGGUACUUAGUUUUAUCGGCAUCCAAUAGAGACUUAUUUAUACCCUAAAUAUUUAAUGUAUCAAGUGUUAAAUGGCCAUAACACCUGGAAAGUUCAAUAUCAAAACGUACCUUCUACAAGCGAUUCCAUGACCUACCGGAAGUACUUUACCCACAUGUAACUGCUGCAAAAGUGGUUUCCACUAGUUACCACAGACACUAUAUCGUAAAAAUGCAUGAUUUUUAAACUUAAUUUAAGGUUAGGGCUAGGCAUAAGGUAAGCAGUGUGGUUAGGGUUAGGUUUAAAUUAGUACAUUUCAGAAGAUAAAUUGUAGAAAUGGGCGGGGUUUAUGACUUUGUGGCUGUGGUAACUAGUGACGACCAGCAAAAGUGGCUAUGCUACUCAGCAAGCUUUCUUUAGCUGUUUAACUGUCAUGUGCCGCAUGAUGGCGCCAGAGACGGUGUAAAUGUAUCUCCAUGUAGUAGAAUCUGACAAAACACCGUUUUAUUUCUGGCAUGGUCUAAUAAUGUGUUUUAAUAUACCCAGCUAUGUUUUACUGUCUCAAGUUUUUGGUUUACUGUCUAAAGUUAGGGUUUAGAACGUAUUUUCAAUGUAUAGAAAGGACAAGGAAAGGAAGAAAGUAUAGAAGGAAGGGAGAAAGGAAGGACUCAUCUUUAAAAUAUUCGAAUGGCGCCUUCGGGGUCGGAGCCUGCCGUAUUUUGCUCGAAACUGUCGCAUGCAUGUCGCAAGUUGACGUCACUUGCUGCCUAUAAACUGCGAAACAGGCGUGGGGGAGACUAUUGAAUUGAUAUAUGAAAUACAUGUUAUUGUAUUUUUGUUUAUCAAAGUCAAACAUCAAGCAAAAUAAUAGACUUGUCUAGGUAGAGAAGAACACAGUAAGCGCGACCAACGAGGAUGUUUAAAAAGUAGGUAUUAUGCAUGAUUUCCCUAGCUAACUAGCUAUCUACAUGACCAGGCAGCUAGUUAGCUAACUAUAGCCAUUUAGCUAGCUAACUAUAAAAUGUUGUUAGUCUUCCAAAUAGACUUAUCAACUGAUAACUCUUGAUUAGCUUUCAUUUGAAUGAAGGGUCAAACUAACAUGAAUGUGUUUCCAUUGUCUCGUUUCAGAUUUGAUGAGAAGGAAAAUGUUUCCAACUGUAUUCAGCUGAAGACCUCUGUAAUCAAAGGCAUCAAAAACCAGCUGUUGGACCAGUUUCCAGACAUUGAGUCAUGGCUCAACCAUAUCAUGCCAAAAAAGGACCCUGUCAAAAUAGUGAGAUGGUAAGUCAAGAAGAUAAUAUUUUCCCCCUUAUCAGUGGCCGUGUUAGACUGUAUGUACAGUCCAUGGUUUCAGAUCAGCAAGUCCAUGAUGCAUUGUGGGUAAAUGGUGACCGACUGACUGAUCUACAAAUAAUAAUUAGUGUUAUUUAUGAUCAUGCAAGGUGAUUUGUAGAUCAGUCAGUCGCAAGUCACCUGCAAUGUCUAACAAGUCCAUUGUCUUUGAAUAUUUGUUGACAUCAGUUUGACUAGCCCAAGAUGGACUGAAGGAGUGUAGGCUAGUCUACUCCUUACCGUCCAAGGCCAUUAUAAGUUAUGUCAAGAGGCGAAUUGACUCUGGCAGCCAAAACAGUCUGAUACUCCAUAUAAACAUGAAUGGAUUCUCAAUUGCAAUUUGGUUCUAGAGAUGUAAGGCCCUCUACUUUCAUAUCACAUCAAAAUAAUUUUACAAAUCCAAAAAAUACACUUACUGUACAUUUUAACAGUUGCAGCCAACUAUAUUGUUUUAGUUUCAACACUUUUCUAGCUUCCUUCUUCCGUUACACACAGGUGUUCAGAGAUGCUGGAUAGCUAUUUAGAAACCGUGUUGGGAUUGUUGUACACAUUGGCCGCGUUGCAUGAUUCGGCUGAGAACCCAAGAGGGCUGGGUACAGCCACGCUUGGGUGAACAAGAGAACAGUUUGACAUGUUAUGUGUUGUGUUCUGUCAUCCAACCUGCAGCCAUGAACACAUUGAAAUCUUGACGGUGAAUGGAGAAUUGCUCUUCUUCAGACAAAGAGAAGGCCCGUUCUACCCAACCCUCCGACUGCUGCAUAAGUGUAAGUCCUCUGCUCUUUUUGAUGUGCAGUUGUCUGAUAAAUUACUGUGUGAUGUGUUGCAGUGUACUGUUAAGUAAGUUUCUCUGUUCAUAUUUUACAGACCCCUUUAUUCUUCCACACCAACAAGUAGACAAAGGGGCCAUCAAGUUUGUCUUAAGUGGAGCCAAUAUCAUGUGUCCUGGAUUGACGUCCCCAGGCGCCAAACUCUACCCCUCUGCCUCAGAAACAGUAGUUGUAUCCUUCCUAUGACCGAUUAUGCUGAUCAUGUAUGUUCAGUACAACAUCUUACCGGGCUGUUUUCUCAGUGUCUAUUAGUAAAAGUGUUUAUUUAGGAUCAGGCCCCCCGUCCCCCAUCCAUGUAAUCAUAUUCAUUACGAUCAUGAUGAUGCUUUCAGAAACUAGGAGGUCCGAGUUCCCAAGUUGGAAAUGGCUUACCACUAGAUUGGCCCUCAACAAGUCAGAGAUACAAGCGGGAAACUCAGACCAGAAUUUUGAUACCCGAGUGUAUGAGUUGUGACGUUUCAUCACUGACCUUUCAAUUCUUCGAACAAAAGAUGGUAAAACAAAGCCAUUUACAACCUUAAUAAUGUGUAUAAUUUUGCAGUUUGACCCAUAUAUCUGGUUUUACACAUUUUAAAUGUAAACGAGCUUACUAACUUAUUAGCAAUGUUUAGGUCAUUGGUUGAAGAGUUGUUCUGACUUCAAAAGUACUCGAAUGUUGUAGUUAUGACUCACCAACUGGGAGCUAAUGAGCUCCUGAGAACCUUCCGAACGCACCAUUAUGUCAAAUCAAAUCAAACUUUAUUUGUCACAUGCGCUGAAUACAACAGGUGUAGACCUUACCGUGAAAUGCUUACUUACAAGCCCUUAACCAACAAUGUGUGCACGCGUGACUAAGUCGCUUUGGAUAAAAGCGUCUGCUAAAUGGCAUAUUAUAUAAUAUUAUAUUAUAAGAAAGAGUUAAGAAAAUAUUUACCAAAUGAACUAAAGUAAAAAAUAAUAAAAAGUAACACAAUAAAAUAAUGAGGCUAUAUACAUGGGGUACCGGGUAAAUGUGCAGGGGUACAGCUUAGUCGAGGUAAUUUCUACAUGUAGGUAGUGGUAAAGUGACUAUACAUAGAAAAUAGACAGCGGGUAGCAGCAGUGUAAAAACAAAUGGGGGGGGUCAAUGUAAAUAGUCCGGGUGGCCAUUUGAUUAAUUGUUCAGCAGUCUUAUGGCUUGGGGGUAGAAGCUAUUAAGGAGCCUUUUGGUCCUAGACUUGGCGCUCCGGUAACACUUACCGUGCGGCAGCAGAGAGAACAGUCUAUGCCUUUGGUGACUGGAGUCCUUGACAAUUUUUUGGGCUUUCCCCUGACACCGCCUAGUAUAUACAGUGAGGGAAAAAAAGUAUUUGAUCCCCUGCUGAUUUUGUACGUUUGCCCACUGACAAAGACAUUAUCAGUCUGUAAUUUUAAUGGUAGGUUUAUUUGAACAGUGAGAGACAGAAUAACAACAACAAAAUCCAGAAAAACACAUGUCAAAAAUGUUAUAAAUUGAUUUGCAUUUUAAUGAGGGAAAUAAGUAUUUGACCCCUCUGCAAAACAUGACUUAGUACUUGGUGGCAAAACCCUUGUUGGCAAUCACAGAGGUCAGACGUUUCUUGUAGUUGGCCACCAGGUUUGCACACAUCUCAGGAGGGAUUUUGUUCCACUCCUUUUUGCAGAUCUUCUCCAAGUCAUUAAGGUUUCUAGGCUGACGUUUGGCAACUCGAACCUUCAGCUCCCUCCACAGAUUUUCUAUGGGAUUAAGGUCUGGAGACUGGCUAGGCCACUCCAGGACCUUAAUGUGCUUCUUCUUGAGCCACUCCUUUGUUGCCUUGGCUGUGUGUUUUGGGUGAUUUUCAUGCUGGAAAACCCAUCCACGACCCAUUUUCAAUGCCCUGGCUGAGGGAAGGAGGUUCUCACCCAAGAUUUCAUGGUACAUGGCCCCGUCCAUCAUCCCUUUGAUGCGGUGAAGCUGUCCUGUCCCCUUAGCAGAAAAACACCCCCAAAGCAUAAUGUUUCAACCUCCAUGUUUGACGGUGGGGAUGAUGUUCUUGGGGUCAUAGGCAGCAUUCCUCAUCCUCCAAACACGGUGAGUUGAGUUGAUGCCAAAUAACUCGAUUUUGGUCUCAUCUGACCACAACACUUUCACCCAGUUCUCCUCUGAAUCAUUCAGAUGUUCAUUGGCAAACUUCAGACGGCCCUGUAUAUGUGCUUUCUUGAGCAGGGGGACCUUGCGGGCGCUGCAGGAUUUCAGUCCUUCACGGCGUAGCGUGUUACCAAUUGUUUUCUUGGUGAUAUGGUCCCAGCUGCCUUGAGAUCAUUGACAAGAUCCUCCCGUGUAGUUCUGGGCUGAUUCCUCACCGUUCUCAUGAUCAUUGCAACUCCACGAGGUGAGAUCUUGCAUGGAGCCCCAGGCCGAGGGAGAUUGACAGUUAUUUUGUGUUUCUUCCAUUUGCGAAUAAUCGCACCAACUGUUGUCACCUUCUCACCAAGCUGCUUGGCGAUGGUCUUGUAGCCCAUUCCAGCCUUGUGUAGGUCUACAAUCUUGUCCCUGACAUCCUUGGAGAGCUCUUUGGUCUUGGCCAUGCUGGAGAGUUUGGAAUCUGAUUGAUUGCUUCUGUGGACAGGUGUCUUUUAUACAGGUAACAAGAUGAGAUUAGGAGCACUCCCUUUAAGCGUGUGCUCCUAAUCUCAGCUCGUUACCUGUGUGAAAGACACCUGGGAGACAGAAAUCUUUCUGAUUGAGAGGGGAUCAAAUACUUAUUUCCCUCAUUAAAAUGCAAAUCAAUUUAUAACAUUUUUGACAUGUGUUUUUCUGGAUUUUUAUUUUUAUUCUGUCUCUCACUGUUCAAAUAAACCUACCAUUAAAAUUAUAGACUGAUCAUUUCUUUGUCAGUGGGCAAACGUACAAAAUCAGCAGGGGAUCAAAUACUUUUUUCCCUCACUGUAGGUCCUGGAUGGCAGGAAGCUUGGCCCUAGUGAUGUACUGGGCCGUACGCACUACCCUCUGUAGCGCCUUACGGUCAGAUGCCAAGAAGUUGCAAUACCAGACGGUGUUGCAACCGGUCAGGAUGCUCUCGAUGGUGCAGCUGUAACUUUUUGAGGAUCUGGGGGCCCAUGACAAAUCUUUUCAUUCUCCUGAGGGGGGAAAGGUGUUGUCGUGCCCUCUUCACGACUGUCUUGGUGUGUUUGCACCAUAAUAGUUCAUUGGUGAUGUGGGCACCAAGGAACUUGAAACUCUGGACCCGCUCCACUACAGCCCCGUCGAUGUUAAUGGGGGCCUGUUCGGCCCGCCUUUUCCUGUAGUCCACGAUCAGCUCCUUUGUUUUGCUCACAUGGAGGGAGAGGUUGUCCUUGCACCACACUGCCAGGUCUCUGACCUCCUCCCUAUAGGCUGUCUCAUCGUUGUCGGUGAUCAGGCCUACCACUGUUGUCUCGUCAGCAAACUUAAUGAUGGUGUUGGAGUCGUGUUUGGCCACGCAGUCGUAGGUGAACAGGGAGUACAGGAGGGGACUAAGCACGCACCCCUGAGGGGCCCCAGUGUUGAGGAUCUGCGUGGCAGACGUGUUGUUGCCUACCCUUACCACCUGGGGGCGGCCCAUCAGGAAGUCCAGGAUCCUUAGCUUAGUGAUGAGCUUUGUGGGCGCAAUGGUGUUGAACGCUGAGCUGUAGUCAAUGAACUGCAUUCUCACAUAGGUGUUAUUUUUGUCCAGGUGGGAAAGGGCAGUGUGGAGUGCGAUUGAGAUUGCGUCAUCUGUGGAUCUGUUGGGGCAGUAUGUGAACUGGAGUGGGUCUAGGGUAUCCGGGAUGAUGCUGUUGAUGUGAUCCAUGACCAGCCUUUCAAAGCACUUCAUGGCUACUGACGUGAGUGAUGUGGGGUGGUAAUCAUUUAGGCAGGUUACCUUCGCUUCGUUGGGCACAGGGACUAUGGUGGUCUGCUUGAAACAUGUAGGUAUUACAGACUCAGUCAGGGAGAGGUUGAAAAUGUCAGUGAAGACACUUGCCAGUUGGUCCGCACAUGCUUUGAGUACACAUCCUGGUAAUCCGUCUGGCCCCGCGGCUUUGUGAAUGUUGACCUGUUCAAAGAUCUUGCUGACAUCGGCUACCGAGAGCGUUAUCACACGGUCGUCCGGAACAGCUGGUGCUCUCAUGCAUGCUUGUCAGCCUGUAAUGAUGUUAUACACCAACAUUGGUGUUUUGACACUUCCUGUUAGUAUCAAGUGCAUGUGAGGUGGUGUUUCCUUGACAAUUGGUUUCAGGCCAUAAUGGCGGAGGGCAAGCAACAUGCGCUUUGUGUCGGAGUCAUGAAGAUGUCUGCAGAAGACAUGUAAGUAUCACGUCAUGUGCUUUUUCCUAUUUGGGUCUUUCUAUAAUCUAGGGUACCAGGGAGGAUUUCCUACACUGAACAACUUGUUACAGCUGUUGAUAAAUCAUUGAUAAUAAUCUGCAAAAAACAUUAUUCAUGUCAUUACAUUAAGAUAUAAGGGGGUAUAGCUAUAUUCAAUAAAAUUCACGAGUUGAUGUUUAACCCUUUAUCAUGGUUGGUGUCUUGAUGGAUCUUUCCCAAAAUCGUGUGACCUGAAACUUUUCUGACCUUGCAUUUAUGGCAGUGUAAGAUGCCGUUAUAUCAUAUACACUGCUCAAAAAAAUAAAGGGAAGACUAAAAUAACACAUCCUAGAUCUGAAUGAAUGAAAUAAUCUUAUUAAAUACUUUUUUCUUUACAUAGUUGAAUGUGCUGACAACAAAAUCACACACAAAUUAUCAAUGGAAAUCAAAUGUAUCAACCCAUGGAGGUCUGGAUUUGGAGUCACCCUCAAAAUUUAAGUGGAAAACCACACUACAGGCUGAUCCAACUUUGAUGUAAUGUCCUUAAAACAAGUCAAAAUGAGGCUCAGUAGUGUGUGUGGCCUCCACGUGCCUGUAUGACCUCCCUACAACACCUGGGCAUGCUCCUGAUGAGAUGGCGGAUGGUCUCCUGAGGGAUCUCCUCCCAGACCUGGACUAAAGCAUCCACCAACUCCUGGACAGUCUGUGGUGCAACGUGGCAUUGGUGGAUGGAGCGAGACAUGAUGUCCCAGAUGUGCUCAAUUGGAUUCAGGUCUGGGGAACGGGAGGGCCAGUCCAUAGCAUCAAUGCCUUCCUCUUGCAGGAACUGCUGACACACUCCAGCCACAUGAGGUCUAGCAUUGUCUUGCAUUAGGAGGAACCCAGGGCCAACCGCACCAGCAUAUGGUCUCACAAGGGGUCUGAGGAUCUCAUCUCGGUACCUAAUGGCAGUCAGGCUACCUCUGGCGAGCACAUGGAGGGCUGUGCGGCCCCCCAAAGAAAUGCCACCCCACACCAUGACUGACCCACCGCCAAACCGGUCAUGCUGGAGGAUGUUGCAGGCAGCAGAACGUUCUCCACGGCGUCUCCAGACUCUGUCACGUCUGUCACGUGCUCAGUGUGAACCUGCUUUCAUCUGUGAAGAGCACAGGGCACCAGUGGCGAAUUUGCCAAUCUUGGUGUUCUCUGGCAAAUGCCAAACGUCCUGCACGGUGUUGGGCUGUAAGCACAACCCCCACCUGUGGACGUCGGUCCCUCAUACCACCCUCAUGGAGUCUGUUUCUGACCGUUUGAGCAGACACAUGCACAUUUGUGGCCUGCUGGAGGUCAUUUUGCAGGGCUCUGGCAGUGCUCCUUGCACAAAGGCGGAGGUAGCAGUCCUGCUGCUGGGUUGUUGCCCUCCUACGGCCUCCUCCACGUCUCCUGAUGUACUGGCCUGUCUCCUGGUAGCGCCUCCAUGCUCUGGACACUACGCUGACAGACACAGCAAACCUUCUUGCCACAGCUCGCAUUGAUGUGCCAUCCUGGAUGAGCUGCACUAUCUGAGCCACUUGUGUGGGUUGUAGACUCCGUCUCAUGCUACCACUAGAGUGAAAGCACCGCCAGCAUUCAAAAGUGACCAAAACAUCAGCCAGGAAGCAUAGGAACUGAGAAGUGGUCUGUGGUCACCAACUGCAAAACCAGUCCUUUAUUGGGGGUGUCUUGCUAAUUGCCUAUAAUUUCCACCUGUUGUCUAUUCCAUUUGCACAACAGCAUGUGAAAUGUAUUGUCAAUCAGUGUUGCUUCCUAAGUGGACAGUUUGAUUUCACAGAAGUGUGAUUGACUUGGAGUUACAUUGUGUUGUGUAAGUGUUCCCUUUAUUUUUUUGAGCAGUGUAUUAAGCAUUAAUCAGUUAAAUUUGACAUUGAACUUGAUCCCUUUUAAGAUUCCUGGAUCUAUAGUGUUCUCGGAAAUGCAGUGCAGCUAUUGUGGUGGACAAACCACUCCGAAGGCAGUCCGAUCUCAAUAUAUAAAAGCUUUAUUACGAGUAUGCAUGCAAGGGAAAACCAAUUUGACUCGCUCCUUGAUCACAGACAUUUAUACAGACCCAGGAUGGGUGGGGUGUUGAACAUGCCCUUCGAAUGAGUCUGGUACUUCUGCUUAUCAAUAGAUUGCUACACAGAAAGUUAGAACAGGGCAGUUUAGAAACAGACUGGUUAUAUUACAAAAGGGUAAAUUGAAUCACUGUGAUUUGAGCAUAUCAGGGAACAGAGCAACCUUACAGACAAGACAAGGAACAGGAUGACCCUUCUUCAGGUCAUAUAAGAUAUCAAAUGUCCUUUUCCACAAUCCUCCCUUUUUAUGGUAUCUCAGCAUAACUAGGCCUGGUACUGGAGCUCAGUAAACCAGGGGUUUCAGACUUCCCUGUCUGGGGGAAAGGGCAUUUCAGUCAUAAGAAUGUUCUGUCCCUCCUCUUCCAGAGAGGGAGCAGAGGGGACAGACAGGUAAACAUUAUUGCUCACACUUUGGGUGAGAAUCCGUUUGACACAAAGGCACAUACAGCAAGUUACCAGCCAACGAAAACGUAGAGAACAGAAUAACAAAGGAACAGAUGUUUACAGCAUUGAUUAGCUCACCAUUUUCCCAGGAGAAAAUACUAUCCCAGAAUCGUUCAGUCACAAUGGCUGAUAUAUUUUAUUUAUUUUAUUUGACCUUUUAUUUAACUAGGCAAGUGUAGUUAAGAACAAAUUCUUAUUUACAAUGACGGCCUACACCGGCCAAACCCGGACGACGCUGGGCCAAUUGUGCGCCGCCCUAUGGGACUCCCAAUCACGGCCGGUUGUGAUACAGCCUGGAAUCGAACCAGGGGGUCUGUAGUGACACCUCAAGCACUGAGAUGCCGUGCCUUAGACCGCUGCCUUAGAUUGUUCUACCAUCAGUCUGUCAGCCUCUCUCACCUGAUUACUGACAGACUCAUGGAUAAUGGACAAGGCCUUCAGAUUUUCCCCAUGCUAGUAUAAAGCGGCGGUCACUAUAGCGGUUAUAUUGAAUUUCUGCAAUAGGAUCCAUUUCCAGGUAGCAUUUCGUGUCUCCUCAUGUUAUGGGGUGAAAACAGUCUUCAUGGGCAUACACAUCCAAAAUGAUGUAUGAGAUUGCAAAAUACAAUGCUUCUAACCAAAAGAGUCACCUUACCUUAAUACUUAAAACCUAAAUCAAUACUGUCACUAAUGUGGUUCUUCAAUAAUUAUGCGUAAUACUUGUUGGAUGUGCAUUUGGUGUCCAGCUGAUUAGUUAAGUGUGAUAUUUUCUCACACAUCAUCUGAUCCAGGAAGGAAUUUUCCGAAUGACAGUCAUGUGACGAAUAGCUGUUGUGAUAGCUCAUGCGAUGUUCGUGAGGAAUGUCCAGAAUAUUUUGGUGUCUCAUUCAUUACAUCAGUGAAGACAGUUGUGCCUGGAUCCACGUUGGCUCUAAUAUCCGUAGAUUUAACAGAAAGCAUCAAUGUAAUGAGUUCGUUUUCAUAUGUUUUUGUGCCCCGGAUUGGACACUGAGUCUACUGUGCGGAAUUCUAUAGGAUAGACUUUUCCGCAACACCCAACGCGCUUCCUAUUAAUUAUUCUGGAUAUACAGUGCAUUUGGAAAGUAUUCAGACCCCUUGACUUUUUCCACAUUUUGUUACAUUACAGCCUUACUCUAAAAUUGAUUUUAAAUGGUUUUUUCCCCCUCAUCAAUCUACACACAAUACCCCAUAAUGACAAAGCAAAAACAGGUUUUUAGAAAUUUUUGCAAAUGUAUAAAAAAUAAAAACCAGAAAUAUUACAUUUACAUAAGUAUUCAGACCCUUUACUCAGUACUUUGUGACAGCACAUUUGGCAGCGAUUACAGCCUUGAGUCUUCUUGGGUAUGACGCUACAAGUGUGGCACACCUGUAUUUGGGGAGUUUCUCCCAUUCUUCUCUGCAGAUCCUCUCAAGCUCUGUCAGGUUGGAUGGGGAGCGUUGCUGCACAGCUAUUUUCAGGUCUCUCCAGAGAUGUUCGAUCGGGUUCAAGUCCGGGCUCUGGCUGGGCCACUCAAGGACAUUCAGAGACUCCUGCAUUGUCUUGGCUGUGUGCUUAGGGUCGUUGUCCUAUUGGAAGGUGAACCUUCGCCCCUAUUCUGGGGUCCUGAGCGCUCUGGAGCAGGUCUUCAUCAAGGAUCUUUCUGUACUUUGCUCCGUUCAUCUUUCCCUCAAUCCUGACUAGUCUUCCAGUCCCUGCUGCUGAAAAACAUCCCCACAGCAUGAUGCCGCCACCACCAUGCUUCACUGUAGGGAUGGUGCCAGGUUUCCUCCAGACGUGAUGCUUGGCAUUCAGGCCAAAGAGUUCAAUAUUGGUUUAAUCAGACCAGAGAAUCGGGCUGUCAUGUGCCUUUUACUAAGGAGUGGCUUCCGUCUGGCCACUCUACCAUAAAGGCCUGAUUUGGUGGAGUGCUGCAGAGAUGGUUGUCCUUCUGGAAGGUUCUCCCAUCUCCACAGAGGAACUUUAGAGCUCUGUCAGAGUGACCAUCGGGUUCUUGGACACCUCCCUGACCAAGGCCCUUCUCCCCCGAUUGCUCAAUUUGGCCGGGCGGCCAGCUCUAGAAAGAGUCUUGGUGGUUCCAAACUUCUUCCAUUUUUAAAAUGAUUGAAGCCACUGUGUUCUUGGGGACCUUCAAUGCUGCAGACAUUUUUUGGUACCCUUCCCCAGAUCUGUGCCUCAACACAAUCCUGUCUCGGAGCUCUAUGGACAAUUCCUUUGACCUCAUGGCUUGGUUUUUGCUCUGACAUGCAUUGUCAACUGUGGGACCUUAUAUAGAUAGGUGUGUGUGCCUUUCCAAAUCAUGUUGUAGAAACAUCUCAAGGAUGAUCAAUGGAAACGGGAUGCACCCAAGCUCAAUUUCGAGUCUCAUAGCAAAGGGUCUGAAUACUUAUGUAAAUAAGGUAUUUCUGUUUUUUAUUUUUAAUACAUUUGCAAAAAUUUCUAAACCUGUUUUUGCUUUGUCAUUAUGGGGUAUUGGGUGUAGAUUGUCAAGGGGUCUGAAUACUUUCCGAAUGCACUGUAAAUAGCAACACAUUUCAUGCCUAGUGGGCUUAUUCACAAUAUGAUCUGGUAAUGAGAACAUGACAUACAUUUAUUUUUCCAUGUUACACCUGCAAUUUUAAACAAUACAAGGAGCUUGAAAGUAGCCAACUUGAAUAUGGAGCUCAGAAAUUCAAGUAGGCUACUGGUAUAGGCCUACCUUGAAAAUCAGACAUUUCCUUAAUUUGGUGCAUGAAAAGUCCUUGUAAUUAUUGUAGCCAAUUUGUAAGUUCUGCUCCCAUAAUAAUUAUCAGCGAUUUCAUUUUUGAUCUGUUUUUGUGGGAGAUGUGGCCACUUUCGUUUGUUUCCCGCUGCUUCAAUUGAAGGGUGUUGCCCUACUUAUUAUGAGGAUGACAUCAUCUGUUGUCAUCCAUACAAAUCCUUCCAUUAUGUGUGCCUGUGUUGGCCACAGGCUACAGAAAAAUCACCAUGCAUCCAAUCUAUUUAGUCAGGCAAUGUCCACAUUAUUCUCACAUAUUUUAGAAUGUAAUAAUAAUUUGAAUAUCAAUGCAUUGCCAAGGCCUAAAAAAUGCAUUCUUCUUAAAAGGAACUUCACCCAAAAACAACGCUUUUGGUAUUUUGUUUCAUUGGGGCGGCAGGUAGCUUAGAGGUUAAGAGCGUUGUGCCAGUAACCGAAAGGUCGCUGGUUCUAAUCCCCGAGCCGUCUAGGUGAAAAAUCUGUCGAUGUGUCCUUGAGCAAGGCACUUCACCCUAAUUGCUCCUGUAAGUCUCUCUGGAUAAGAGCGUCUGCUAAAAUGUAAAACAUUAAAAAAAUUAGUCUAUUGUUGAUAUAAGUAACUUUCAAAAUACAGAAAUCUGGCACUUAUGAUGCAUUUUGCAUCAUAUGCAACUUUCAAAAUACAGAAAUCUGGCCCAUAUCUUGAAAACCUGAUUGCUGACAUGCAAAAUAUUUUGGGACUAUAUCAACAAUGGACUAAUAGUUUUUAGGUGGAGUUUUCCUUAAGUGGUAAUGUCACACAUUGGCCCCCUUAUUUAUAGAAAGACCCAUUUAUACCACAAAUGUACUUGCAUGUAUGUAUGUGUACCUAGUGCAGGCUGCUGAGGGGACGGCUCAUAAUAAUGUCUGGAACAGAGCAAAUGGAAUGGCAUCAAACACAUGGAACCCAUGUUUAUAUUUGAUACCAUUUCACAAAUUCCGCUCCAGCCAUUAACACGAGCCCAUCCUCCCCAACUAAGGUGUCACCAACCUCCUGUGUUGUAUGUACUUGUGCAAACAUGCCUAAUGCUAUUCCAUUUCACUUUUUGUGAGCAGAGAGAAAGUCAACAAGGGAGUAGGAGUUGAAACUGUUCACUAUCUUAAUGAUGGACUGUGGCACAUGAAGACGUAUAAGUGAGAUGUCAUUACCAACCCCCCUGGACAACGUGAAGUUCUUGACAGCGAGGCUGCCAGUCGAUUGUUUACACCAAUGGACUUAGCUGUGUAACUAGCUGGAGGCUUUGAACCAAUCCCCAAUUAAUGCACAAAUAAAAACCUGCAUUCAAGUUAUUUUCCAUUCUUUUGCACUGCCUUUACAUUUCAUGGUUUCUUUGCCAAAGUCGAUGGGAUUCACUGGCUACAAGGAGCAAAACACAUUUGAAAUGGAUUGUAGAUCAUAGUACCAUGUAUAUGCUGUUGCAUGGAUUUAUGACGUUAAAUCAAUAAAGAAUACACUCUUUAGCGAAUUGGA